GGUUGCUCGUGGUUUAUCAUCAAUUUGUGAACGACGCGCGUGACUCUGCUGCGAUUAGAUUCUCACAUCUUCGUCGGAAUUCUGAAUAGGAAUGAAUAUUUUUGGGGCGGAAUUUUACGAAUUGAUUCUAUGAUGAGAAGAUUCCAGGCGUAUUGUAUCCCCCUCGCGAAAAUCACGACCCUACUGUGCCGUCUAGGCUUGCUUUUCGAUCCUCUUUGCGUUAGUUUUGCUUCUGCAGACCUGCGGAGUUUUGUUGUUUCUCUGGCUACGACAGGUUUGAGAAGCUUGUUGAGCUUGGAAGGAGCUCCCCAGGGAUCCAUUACUCGGCAGAAAUUUUUGAGAGGUGCGACCGCGGCGUCGACAAGCAGUGACAGAUGCAAGUUUAGAUCAAGAUUUGUGAAGGUCAAGUGUAAGAAUGGGGUCUCGCUACUUUACCCUACUGUGCUGCAUUUUGUGCAUCACAGUGGCGCCAUGCUGCGGCAGCCUUUUCAGCUCAAGUGAUUCGGAUCCUGUGGGAAGGUUCAAGACCUUUCUGAGGAUCGCCACAGUGCACCCGUUGCCAGACUACCAACCUCCGACUGAGUUCCUGCUGGCUCAAGCUAAGGAGAUUGGCCUCGAGGCUCGGACUUUGGAGUACGUGAAGGGUAAACCUGUCGUUCUGCUUACCUGGAUGGGCAAGGAUCCUUCCUUGCCGUCAGUCUUGUUGAACUCUCAUGUAGACGUGGUGCCUGCGGAGAAGUCCAAGUGGAAGCACGAUCCUUUUGCUGCUGUCGAGGAUGAAGAAGGAAAUAUUUUUGCUAGAGGGUCACAGGACAUGAAAUGCGUGGGAUUGCAAUAUCUUGAAGCCAUUCGCAACUUGAAAGCCCAAGGGUUUGAGCCCACCCGUACCAUCUACAUCUCGUACGUCCCUGACGAAGAAAUCGGUGGGGUGGAUGGAGCCGGUAACUUUGUCAGCUCUGAGGAUUUUCAGAAGCUCAACGUUGGCGUAACCUUAGACGAAGGGUUGGCGUCCCCAAGUGAGAGUUACCGCGUUUUCAACGGAGAGAGGUCGCCUUGGUGGCUGAAGAUCAAGACGACCGGCCCUCCUGGGCAUGGAUCCAAAUUGUAUGACAACAGUGCGUUUGAGAACCUGAUGAAGAGCUUGGAGUCUAUCAGCAAAUUCCGUGAGGAGCAGUUCAAUCUUGUGAAGAAUGGGCUCAAAGCAGAGGGCGAGGUGACCUCAAUCAACGGUGUAUAUCUCAAAGCUGGAACCCCAACCCCGAUUGGGUUUGUUAUGAAUCUGCAACCGUCGGAAGCCGAAGCUGGAUUUGACGUCCGCAUUCCUCCUCUGGGCGACAUUGAAGAUCUUCAGCGCCGCAUUGACGAAGAGUGGGCGCCUGCUUCUCGCAACUUUACUUACUCUUUUGCAGAGAAAGUAUUUCCCCGUGAUAAGCAUGGCAACCCCACAGUUACUGCAGCAGAUGACUCCAAUCCAUGGUGGGGACUCCUCAAGGACGCUGUAGCCAAAGCUGGUGGCAAGCUGAACAAGGUGGAGAUUUUUCCCGCAGCCACAGAUUCCCGUUAUGUCCGUCAAGAGGGGAUCGUUGCCUUCGGGUUCUCACCCAUGGCUAAUACACCUGUUUUGCUGCACGAUCAUAACGAGUUUCUGAAUGCGGAGGAGUAUACCAAGGGAAUUCACGUCUAUGAGGAGAUUAUCAAGGCGUAUUCUAGCUAUGCCCCUGACGCGGCCUCAGAGGCUGAGCUUUGAGUUAAUCAGAAUGUGUAGAUGAAUUAUUGUACACUGUACUGAUGGAGAUUCAGGCAAUUUAAGCCUGCCAUGUAGUGAAUGUCUGGGAAAUCUUCACAAGAAUAGAAUGUGAAGCAUGUGAAGGUAGUGAGACUGAUGAAAAGCGAGGUUAUGUAUUACUAUGCUGAACGCAUGGCACGAUAUAUCCUAAGUUUUUAUGCUUUAUCACAUGCUCA